CCUUACUGCAGUCUUUGUUUGCACCGCCUUCUACUACACUUCCUGGUUUUUUCAGGUGGAUGUCACAGCGGCUGCCAAACGGUCUGUCAAACAAGUCUAAAGUUGGAGGACGGGGGAGGAGGAUGAAUUCAGUGAUGAGAAUACGGCAGCUGGAAGAAACCCGCAGUGUGUGUAGAGCCUGUAUUGCAGAAUGAUGACCGGACGUUGUGUUUUUGGCGGAUAUCAGGCAGCAGCGGCGGCAGCGGGGAGGCUGCUGUGAGGCGGAGGAGCGGGCUAACUGUCCCUCUAGCUGCUGCUAGCCAGUUAGCGAGCGAGUUAGCAUUAAGCGGUCUGCUACUGUUAGCAUCGAGUGUCUUCUUUGAAACGUUGGCCAGCUCCCUCCGAGUUUGACUGCAGGCCAGAAGAUCCAGAAGAGUCUGGGUCUCCUGAAGAGGACAUCAUGGACUACAAGGACAAAGUACAGAUGAGGCAUAACCCUCGCAGACAGCUGAAGAAGCUGAGCGAGGACAGUCUCACCAAGCAGCCAGAGGAAGUCUUUGAUGUCCUGGAGAAGCUGGGUGAAGGGUCUUACGGCUGCGUAUUUAAGGCCCAUUAUAAAGAAACGGGGGAGAUCGUAGCCAUCAAACAAGUUCCUGUGGAGUCUGAUCUUCAAGAGAUCAUCAAGGAAAUCUCCAUCAUGCAGCAGUGUAACAGUCCCCACGUGGUGCGCUACUACGGCAGCUACUUCAAAAACACAGACCUGUGGAUCGUCAUGGAAUAUUGUGGCGCUGGGUCCGUAUCUGAUAUCAUCCGAAUACGUAACAAGACGCUCAAAGAAGAGGAGAUAGCCACCAUCCUACAGUCCACCCUGAAGGGUCUGGAGUAUCUUCACUUCAUGAGGAAGAUCCACCGAGACAUCAAAGCAGGCAACAUCCUGCUGAACACUGAGGGUCAGGCCAAACUGGCCGACUUUGGAGUUGCUGGACAGCUCACAGACACGAUGGCGAAACGAAACACUGUCAUCGGCACGCCGUUCUGGAUGGCUCCAGAAGUCAUACAGGAGAUCGGCUAUAACUGUGUGGCAGAUAUCUGGUCUCUGGGGAUUACAGCUAUAGAAAUGGCUGAGGGCAAGCCACCCUAUGCGGACAUACACCCAAUGAGGGCCAUCUUCAUGAUUCCCACCAACCCUCCCCCAACCUUCCGGAACCCGGAUCUGUGGUCUCCGGGCUUCCGGGACUUUGUCAGCCAGUGUUUGGUGAAGAACCCAGAAAACAGAGCCACAGCCACACAGCUGUUACAGCAUCCGUUUAUUAAAUCGGCCAAGCCCAAUUCCAUCCUCAGAGCUUUGAUCACAGACGCCAUGGAGAUCAAACUGAAGAGACAGGAGGAAGAACAAAGAGAGCAAGAUGCAGAUGACGAUGAGAAUUCGGAUGAAGAUGAGGUUGACCAGGGGACGAUGGUUCGGGCAGGUACGGGUGACUCAGGAACCAUCCGGGCUGCCGGUUCUUUAGGAAGUUCUCUUGGAAGCACGGCAGGAACGAUGAUUGAACACGAUGACACGGGAACCUUGCAGUCACAGCUGGGCACCAUGGUCAUCAACUCUAAUGAUGACGAGGAUGACGAUGAGGAAGAUGCCGGCACUAUGAAAAGGCGAGAUGAGACGAUGCAGCCUGCCAAGCCUGCCAAGCCGUCCUUCCUGGAGUACUUCGAGCAGAAGGAGAAGGAGGCGAACAUUCAUAAUGACGGAGGAGGAAAAGGACAAAACAACGCAGAUAACCGCAAACUGCCCGGAGAAGGAGAUCUCGAAGUGGUAAGCACGUGGUCAGUGGAGGAGCUGCGGCUGAAGCUCGCCUCUCUGGACCCUCAGAUGGAGCAGGAGAUCGAGGAGAUCCGCCAGCGCUACCAGGCCAAGAGGCAGCCCAUCCUCGAUGCCAUCGAGGCCAAAAAACGAAGGCAGCCGAACUUCUGAGAAGUUCUGGAGGAUUUCUCUCACGUUUUCUGCAGCAGUCUGGAGGAACGCCACCGAGGCUGCUGGAGUUUCCACAUGAUGUGACGUUUGGGGAGCGAGGAUUAUCGCGCUGGACGUCUGCCUGCUGAGUUUUUGGACCUUUGUCUAAGAAGAACUGUAGAAAAGCUGUUCAGCUGAAUAUCAUUGACAUUUAUUUUGUCUGCUUGAGAUCCAUGAUCCUUCUGUUUGUGGCAUUUCUUUUCAUUCAUCAGCAGCAGCAGUUUUGGACUCGAGUUUCUUUCUGCUUAUUUCAAGCUUGCACACAGUUGUUUUUAGCAUACGGUGAACAUACUUAGAGGGACCAUCAGGUCCUGUCUGUAAUCAUGUGGUACAUCAUCAUUUGAACUGCUGACUGUUAAACUUUGGUACUCAUCUGUUACUUUCUUAAGUUUUUGCCAUCAUUGUUGGUAAGCAAUGAAGCUGCUGAACUUUCCAAGGUUUCCGCAUCAGGCAGCGAGGUGUUUUAUAGAACAGGAUAAAUCCUCAUUCUUGAAAAAUGCACAAAAGUUUGAAGGGGAAAGUGGAUAAAACUGGGUUCUGCCGGCACGUCUGCUUUCCCAAAGAUCUCUAAAAGAU